CUGGCUCUGGCGGGAGCGUGGAUGGAGCCAAGGGAUCUGGUUGGCUCAGCCCGACCCAAAGAGGCGGACCUUCAGGGAGGAAGGGUGGGGCCAAAUGAGGAGAACCAGCUAGGGGCAGGUGGCAUCGGGUUGGUGCGCAGUGAUGAUGUGAUAAACGGCGGCGUCAGUGAGGGGGAGGGCAUCGAAGAGCAGGGGGAGGGGCUUAUGGAGGAGCAGGAGUUCUCCAUCAAGGAAGCAAGUUUCCAGGAAGGAAGUCUAAAGUUGAAGAUACAGACCACCAAGCGCACCAAGAAGCCCCCCAAGAGUCUUGAGAACUAUAUUUGCCCACCAGAGAUCAGGAUGACCAUAAGGCCUCCAAUGGGAGACGGCAAAGGAGGGCGGCAGGGGCGAACAGGAGGCGGGGCGGGAGCAGGGCGGGGCCCAAAGGACGAGGAGCGAGGACCCCCCAGAAAACGGACAUACGAGCGCCAGUUUAGAAUGCCAGAGCAGAGGGAAGGAGGCCUUCUACAACUACUGGGAGAUCACACUCUGCCCAAACACCAGCUUCGCAGCUCCCUCCUUCCCCCACACACACUCUCCCACACACAGCAAACACAGAACACCCUCAUGCCGAAAUUGCAACACACUCAUGGACAUCAACCCCAAAUUAGCCCGGACUGGAUUGUGUCUACAGAGACCUCUUCAUCCCCAGCCCAACCUGCAGACUCUGAUCCAGCCAGAGAUCUGGCAGGAGUCAGUAGAGGCGCUCUGCUCAGUACAACACUACCGUUCUCCCGAACAGCAACGCAAAGUCCCUCACCUCAAAGAUCCCUGACUCCAGACUUGCAGCUGCCAGUGGUUACGGAUGCCAGUAUUCUUAACCUUACCUCCCUGAGCAGAGGGAAGGGUUUGCAAGAGGUCAGUGAACAGCUCUUUGGUAACAUCAAAAGGAAGUACGGGAGGAAGGACUCUCAGAGGAUGCUCUUUAAUCCCCACAGUGCUGAUACGCACUGGGGAAGGCAGCCAGAGGGAGGGUCGGACAGCCCGAGUAAUUCAGAGGAGAGGCAGAAGUACCGGCAAGAGACGACGGCUGAGUGGUUCCAUGAAGACAGAGAGGAAAGGAGAAAAGAUGAAAAAGAGCAAACAAUUGCUGGGAGAAGAGGAGAUGAAGAGGAGAGAGGGGUGCCCAUGCUGACAGAGGAAGGGAAAGGAAGAAAAAGACGCAGGAGGCCUUCCUAUGACGAGUCAUUUUCGGUGGAGGAACAAUCACAGCAACAGGCUGUGAAUACUUCAGAGAAACCCCAGAGUGGGCCCCCAGAACUCAAAGUAGCACAUAAGAUAGAGACUCACAAAAACGAUUUGCGUCUUACAAGUCAGAUUGAUGGGAUGGGAGACAGGAUAGAAAAGACAGACAGAGCGGACAAAGGUGACAAGAGAGAAAAAGGAGAUAGGAUGGACAGGGUAGAGAGAGGGGAGACAGCUGUGACUGACCAGGAGCCAGAUCUGACUGCAAACAGAGUGAAGAAGAACCCUGUGGGUCGUCCUAAAAACAGCACGGAUACCUCUAAACUCAGAGAGCCUAUUUAUAAUCACAUCAGCAAACCCAGUCUCAAUGCAAACCCCAGGCUUUCUAGCCCCAACCCCAGCCUCAGCUCGAGAGGAAGCAUCAGUCCUGCCCCGAGUCCUAAAUUCAGGGCCAGCAUGAGCCCUAGUCCAAGCCCCAGAUCCAGAAUGGAUCUUAGUCCCAGUCCUAGUCAUAGCACCAGCUCUGCAGGCAGUUCAAGACCAAGCAAGGCCAAUGACAGAUGGUCCUACCUGAAAGCUAAAAGCCAUGCCAGUCUCACUUCACCCAAGAGAGACAACCUGGGUAGUCCUUCAACCUUAGCAGAUCCACCCUGUGCUUUCCCAAUCACCCCCUCUAGUCCACUCUACACUAACACCGACAGCCUAACUGUCCACACUCCCAUUAAGAGAAAACGAGGGCGGCCCAAGAAACAGCCACUCCUGACAGUUGAGACCAUUCAUGAGGGCACGUCCACUUCACCCCUGAGUCCUCUGGCCCGGGAAACCACGGCAGGGCUCAACCGCAGAAGAAAGACGCAUCCACUAAACACAUUAGUGCAAAUGGCUUCAACAACGGCCAGUGGUGGUCCCAACAGUCUGAAACUCAAGCGCGGCCGGGGCUAUUCCAGGCCGGUGAAUAAGAUGAAGCUGGGAAAAAUGCAGAGCAUUCUGAAUGAGAUCCUUUCAGGUUCGAAUCAGAGUGGCGCCCUGGCUCUCAAGUCAACCUCCGUCCCCGUUGCCACAGCUAUGAGCGCCAUGGCGUCCACCAUUGAGGCCCGAUUGGGAAAACAGAUAAACGUCAGCAAGAGAGGAACCAUCUACAUCGGGAAGAAGAGGGGGAGAAAGCCCAGGGCAGAGACCCAAGGCUCCGUCCCUCCAAAAACCACUCGGGACAAGCCACCGAUGUCUGUUUCCGGUCUCUAUGAGAACACUGCAGUGCCUUCCACCGCUUCAUCUCCCAGUUCUAGUGCUCCGUCACUAAGAGCCAGCCACUUGGAUACCUCCAUGCCAAGUUUGCAGCCCAUCUCAGCCCUGCCCUCCAAACCACCCGGCAGGAGCUUCCUCUCAGGGGGUUGGAAACUUUCGCCUCCUCGCCUGCUGGCUAAUUCCCCCUCCCACCUGUCAGAGGGGGCAUCGGUAAAGGAGGUGACCCUGUCCCCUAUCAGUGAGUCUCACAGUGAGGAGACUAUUCCCAGUGACAGUGGAAUCGGGACCGACAACAACAGCACCUCAGAUCAAACCGAAAAGGGCCAUGCCUCUCGUCGCAGGUACUCGUUUGAUCUGUGUGGGUUUGAGUCUGUGGAAGCUGCAGCUGUGGACGCAUCCAACAGGGGCGGCAGAGCUCGCUGUGAACGGCAAGCCACCGCCAUUGAUAACUUUCUGUCGCAGCAGGAGAAGAAGCAAAAGCACCAUCGCAGGAAGAGGAAGUGCCUACAGAGCCGUGAUCAUCUUCACUUUCUGUCUGAACUGGAGGAGGUCGUAUUAAAGCUCCAGCAACUGCGAGUGUCUCACAGACGAUACACCUGCUACCCCCAGCAUCCUUAUCCUUCCAUUUUCCGCCUCAACUUUCAUCAUUACUACCCGGUUAGCUAUGACUCCUACCCCUGUGACUCCAGCUCAUACCUGCGCCGGACUGCUGAUCUGAAGGCCAAGAGGAGACGCGGUCGACCAGCCAAAGCCAGCGAGCCAAUCACAUCAAAACUGCCUUUUGUUCAAGGAUAUGGUUAUCCGCUGGGAGGGGGAAAUUACUAUGCAGCACCGUAUGCGAUGCCUUACGCACCUCCUCUAAGUCUGGGCUACUUUCCCCCCGCUCCCCCAUUUUACCUGCCUCAUCACUCACUUGGACCAGCACCUCCAUCUCCUUUCAUGAGGCCUGCUGUCCCACCUCCUAAGGCUUUUCACUCCAGUGGACACUCAAAACUGCAGGUUGGAUCCAAGAUUCGUGGCACCAAUGGUUCGCUACAGGGUCCCCCUGUAAGAGGAGAGGGUCUGGGAUCCCUGAACAGCGCCGGUGCAGGUGGUCUCGCCGGCGUCCGCCUCCACAAGAGGAAGCACAAGCAUAAACACAAGCACAAGGACGAACCACUCCUCUCACCACGCGACCGCCAGGAGCUGGGUGGACUUUUCAGUGGAGCUAAGAGCAACGUGCGCCUCAGCAUGCUGAGUGAGAGGAGGGACUUGGCCAGUCAGGGUUCUUCAAAGCAUCUGGAAAAGCAGAGGGGCAAUAGUAGAGACUCAAACCUGGGAUCCAGCCUGGGGAUUUUUGAGUCAGACCAGCUGUCCAUACACUCUCAUGCUGACAGUCAGUUUCACUCCCGUCAGACUGUGCAGCCAGUAAAGAGCUUCAUGAGCAGCUACAGCAGCCAAUCGCAGCGGUCAGAGUCAGCUUCUGACCUGUUUUCGGGUUCACGAGAGGAUGAGUGUGUAGGGAGGAACAGGAGGACAAGGCUGGCCGUCUUUGGAGAUCAGGGCUUAAUGUCAUUCCAAGCGGCCAGGCAGGAGCCAGAGCCCAUGAACAAGUGCUCCAGUCCAUCCCUCACUGGUGUUCCCAGCAAGCGAAGAUAUAAGCGUCGCGAGGUGGAACAGAUCCAGAAGGACGUUAGAAGGAUGCAUUCUCUGAACUUCGACCACGUGCAGAAGAUCCUCCGUGCCAAGCGCCUGCAGCGACAAGCCAAAACAGGAAAUAAUGUCAUCAAAAGACGGCCUGGGCGGCCCCGAAAGCAGCCCUUAGAGGAAUCGGAGCCGGCCAACAUAAGGGAGGAAGACUGGGCAGACGGUCGGGGUUUGGACUUACUGACCGGGAGGAGAGGUGAUGGGAGGACUCUGGGGAUGCCUGUCCUGGAGAGGUGCGAUAACCUGCCGGGUCGGCAGAGCAACAGGCCCAGCUCGACCCCCGAGCCUCCAGAGUUCACCAAUCACGACUCCAUCUCAGCAGCUAUUGAGACCGUGGUGCAUCAAGCCAGGUCCGUCCCUCUGCCAGCUAAAGGGGGGAAACGCAGAGGCAGGGGCCACAGCAGGGACGAAUUAUGGGCUCCUAGCAGUCAGUAGAGCUGAAGGAGAAGAAAACCUCAGAACUGAGCAGAUAUCAGAGUCAGAGCUGUUUUUAGCCUAUCAAAUGCAGUGCCCUUCAUUUUGGGACUCUUUGGUGCACUUUGACUUGUUUCUCUUUUCUCAUUUGUUGUGAGGAACUCAAUGGGUUGGUGGUGCAGCUGGAGGAGAGAACGUCUCCCUCAAUUUGCUAAACCCAACCAGACAUGGGCCUUUUAAAGAUUCAUUGGACCUUCAUUUACAAUGGCACUAUAUGGUACUAUUUGAUACUGAAUCUGAUGCUAUAAAAGUGUGUGGUACUUAUGAUAGAGUAGGAUUUUAUGUGAUUCUUUAUGUAUCUGAUACAGUGAUGUGUUUGGUACUAUAUGAUACCAUAACUGAAUGUGGCUUUAGCCAUAUAUUUACCAGCAAGGGGAGGGGUUGUGGUUAAUAUUAAACUGUGCAGCUGUGCUUAUUUUUGCCUUUCUGAGGAAGCCUGUCAAAGAUAUGUGGGAUAAUACAUCAGUAUUUAAGCCACCUUACUCUUUAUGUGUUUUUGUAUUCUCCGUCCUUCAUUACUUUCCUCCAUUUCUCGCUCUCCCUUAGAAGUAAAUUACACUUCCUGGCAGCUUCUCCUCCUUGCUUGACACUUUCCCCACUUUUUUAGCCCUACCUCGUGUCUGCUGCUCGACUCCAUUUCCCUUUGUUCUGUUUUCAUUUACACCGACUGAUGUUUUCAAUCUCCCAUUUCUUGAGCUUCCUCAAUUUGCCCCCUGUGUCAUGUAUUUCUCCCUCCCUGCUCAGGCGUCUACUGGGCAGGGACGUAAAGGCAAUAUGGUGGAUGAGAUUAUUCCAGACUGUACAUAGAAAUAAAGUCCACUGUUGCCUGCCUUGUACAAUGGGAAACCAGCUCAUAGAUGUGUACUGGCAUACAGUAUAUUAAAUAGAAUUGUUGUACCAUAGACAAUGAAAGUGUGUAUUGUUUUAUAACCAAAAACAGACAUGGGUGCGACUCAAGACAAGUUUGUUUUCAGACAGAAAAAAAACACAUAUUCAUUCAUACACUCAUUAUUGUCUUUAUAUCCAGGGGGGCAUUGGAUACGGGAGGAAUGUCAGGUGUGUUUUUGGUGAACCUUAGAGUUGGUUUAAUGCACUAUGAAAAAUAAAAAAUAAUUCACUAGCAUCAAUCAAAUACAGCACUUACAUGCUUGUUUUAGCCUUAUGUUUUGGCAUUUCCUGGUUUGGUAAACAUUCCAGAGAGCAUGCAUUAUUUUAAUCAAUUCGUAUAUGCAGGCUGCGCAGCCAAAAGCGUGAAACCCAAGCCUGAGUCUGAAUCGUGAUUGGACAGUCCAGCAGAAGAGGGCUCACAUUCAGUGUUUUGAAAAGCUAAUCCCAGUCAUUCUACUCAACACAAUUUUCUAUUCAUGUCCCUGCAAAUAUUUUUGCAAAGUAAAUCCAGUAUUUAGUUUUAGAAGCCAAAGUCUCAGUAUUCAGUGUAUGGAUGUAUUAUUUAAAAGUAUCUAAAUCAGAGAUUGACAAACUCUCCACCAUGUUGGCAACAAUGUAAAGCAUUCCAAUGUGCACUGUAGAAUGUAGCCAUUUUGUAUUUUUGUGUCAAUAUGUCAAGCAUUUGUUCAACUCUAUCUGCAGUAUCUGUGACUUUGGGAAGUGGUCGGAAUUUUCUGUGAUAUGUAUUUCAGAGGUUGAGCAAGGGGGCAGUGUUUAUUGAGCAGCCUCUUGUUUCAGGAGGCUGUUUUUCUUCGGGUGGGGUGACAUUCUCGUUUGCAGCAGUUAAACUUGUGCCUUAUGUUUCUUUCUCUCACCAAUUACAUUUGAUCUGAAAAAUCUAAAAAUGGCCCAGCACAGUGACCCAAAAUGUUCGCGGCCGUGCAUGAGACGCGUGCGCGCGUGUGUGGGUGUGUGUGUUUUAGUC